UAUGUCGGCGACUGUGUAGUUGUGUCAUCUCGAUCUCGUGUACGACUCGUGGAAAUGUUAAAAUAGUGCUCAGAGAGCGGCGUGCCGAUGUAGAAUGUGGUUAGUGGUGGUGUUCCAGUGCUGGCUUCUGUGAUAUACGCGUGUGAAUUUGAAUCAUGUCAAAUAAUGGUAACAUAGUCGUUGAAUGGCUUCGUUCUUUACACUUGGGUCAGUAUGCUGAGUCGUUUUUAGACAAUGGCUAUGAUGAUCUAGAAAUUUGUAAACAAGUCGGCGAUCCCGACUUGGAUGCCAUCGGUGUUUUUAACCCCAAUCAUCGAAAUAGGUUAUUGCAGUCGGUGAGAACACUGAGAGAAGAAGGCGCCGCUUCUGUUUACUUUACUCUUGAAGAAUCGGCCGCUAUCCAAGAAGAAUGUCAGUGUGAUAGUGCUAGUGCAAGAUCCUCGCGAACCUCUUCUGGUAGGGUAUCCGAAAAAGACGGACUUGGACGUAGUCCGGCAGGGUCCUCCAGUGCUGGAAGUGCUCAGGAACUUGGUCGUUAUUUGGAUGAAUAUGAAGAAGGCAAAGCAGAACUGGUCCGGAUUCCAAGAAUUCAGCUGAAGGUUCUUCUGAAGGAAAAACUUGCACAGGAUGGGAUUCGCCUCAGUUGUCAACCUUAUUCAACUUCGGAAGGAGAACGAGGCUACCUUGAAGGUCUUGCGUCGAGGUAUGCAGACCUCUACAACACUCACUAUGGGGAUGUGCUGGAACACCUGGAGGAGCUGCGGAGGCGAGAGUGGGCAGAACUGUCACCCCGCAUCAGGGUGCUCGGCCCCCUUACCCCUACCACCCCACCCGGUCCUGCCCCCUCCACACCCCCACCCCUUACCCACCACCGGCUCGCCCCCGCCGCCACUCUUACCUCCUCGCAGUCACAGCCUAUCUAUGUGCCCGGCAAAUAUUCUCCUUCCAGUUGCCUGAGUGAUAAGGAAGAAGAUGAAAUCUAUGGAUUCGCUGGCUACGGUGUCUAUGGAAAACAUAUGCUGCAGAGGCAACAGCAGCAAGCCAAACUAGUCAUUGCUCCUAGGCACAACUACCAAAACUGUCUAAGUCCGCGAUCCGCAUAUUUCUACGAAUUCCCUCCUAAUGAACGACCUGGCAAGAAGAAGACGAGUUUUUCGAGGUUUUUGAGGCACUUGAAGACUCAUAGGAAAGACAAAUCAAUAUCGCCCAGACAUCCUUCGUCCAGGCUGAAAGUUCAAGAAGCGCUGAAGAAGAAGGAGAAAUUUGACCGGGAACAUGAAGAAAUUCUGAGAGACAUCAGGCAAGGGCUGCUGCAACUGAGCCGGGGAGUUUCGGAUGACACCUACAUGUACGACGAUGAAAUGCAGCGAUUAGGGCAGCAUUGGUACGAUGAACCGCCCUAUGAGAGUGACCCGGAAGAUUUCCUCAUGGCAGACACCUCGAAUCAUAGCAGGGUAUGCUUCACACUGAACGUGCGAAACGAGAGCAGGAGUGGGGAGAGCGGCGUGAUAUCACUGCGAAGCGCCGGUGACAUCUCGCUGCCCCAUCACCAGAGGCGGUCGGCCGCCAUCUUGGCGAGUGGACCGCCCCCGCAUCCCCUCAUGCACGUGCCCGCACGCAACAACCGCGAGAGUGGCGACUACGCCACCUCCGAUGUACAGAGUGUAUGUUCUCAAAUGUCGUCAUUAUCAAUGGAAACCAGUCGAUCAGAGCAGCUUGAACCUGACAUGUAUCAUAGGAUACGAGCAUUCAAUGGUGUCGAAAGUGCAAUCUCUCCUGGUCAUAGCUCUGACUACGCUGGUCAAGAGGAACUAGUUACUCUACAUUCUUCUUGUGGGAAUACGUCCCUUGCUCAUCGAGUGAGAGGCCUAAAAGGUGAUAAUAGUGUAAGUACAAUGAAGAAGCCGCAGUCAUCAGGUCACAGGAAUGCAGCGCUCCAUCACAGCUCUGCUGAGAGCUUACCAAGUGGAUCAAGUUUGCAGGCGUUGGUACCACCGUCAUCAAAUCACAGCUCUGAAGACUCAACAACACCAAUGGACGAUUCUGUCAGAGUUCCGAUGCUGGCCAGAGCUCGAGCACUCGUCGAUUACACGCCCAGUCCUUAUGAUGAGGAUGCUCUCAAGUUUAAAGGUGUCGAAAGUGCAAUCUCUCCUGGUCAUAGCUCUGACUACGCUGGUCAAGAGGAACUAGUUACUCUACAUUCUUCUUGUGGGAAUACGUCCCUUGCUCAUCGAGUGAGAGGCCUAAAAGGUGAUAAUAGUGUAAGUACAAUGAAGAAGCCGCAGUCAUCAGGUCACAGGAAUGCAGCGCUCCAUCACAGCUCUGCUGAGAGCUUACCAAGUGGAUCAAGUUUGCAGGCGUUGGUACCACCGUCAUCAAAUCACAGCUCUGAAGACUCAACAACACCAAUGGACGAUUCUGUCAGAGUUCCGAUGCUGGCCAGAGCUCGAGCACUCGUCGAUUACACGCCCAGUCCUUAUGAUGAGGAUGCUCUCAAGUUUAAAAAAGGAGACAUAAUCGAGGUGCUGUCGAUGAGCAAGAGCGGACUGUGGCGAGGCCGCACCAAGGGGGGACGGGAGGGGCGCUGGCGGGAGGGGCAGUUCAAGUUCAUCAACGUCGAGCUCAUGCCAGAGACUCAUGUCAGGCCACACAAGCCUCGCCAUCGGCCACACACUAUCGAGCAGAUGCUGCGCACAAUUCAGAUGGAGGAGCACAUGUCGCUGUUUGUAUUGAAUGGCUACGAAGAUCUGGAGGCGUUCAGUGAAAUCAGAGAGAAGGAUUUGGAUUAUCUGGGAAUGACUGAUCCGCAACACAGAGCCAAGAUUCUAGCUGCUGUGCAAGUUUUGAACGAGUAUGAAUCCGCAGACGAAGGCAGAAGCAGCACAGAUGACGAGGCAGCUCUGCGCCUGCGCGAGAACGCAGCCGCCAACAACCUGGCUUGGACACGCCGUCUGCAGGCGGAUGCAGCGCCACCAUUCAGCUGCAUGCAGCCGCAGCCAGCUCACCAGCCGACGCAUUCCUGCCCAACAUAUCUGCGUCCGCCGCUCACAACAGAGCCAACAAGAACGCCAUUGAAAUGAAUGUGUUCAAUGAGAAGGGUACCACUGAGCCCAUCACUGAGAAGGUGGGUGUGGUCAAGUACAUAGCAACGGAACUGAACUGCGAAGCUGGGAAUCCGAGCCAAUCCAGAAAUUGUUCGAAUUUGAGUGAGAAAUCAAGUGACUCGGGAGUUAGUUCCAGCUCGUUGUCGUCGACAAAUCACAACAUAAUUCGCCAGAAACACCAAAGAAGAGCCGCCAACAAACCAGUGCUCAUCGAAAGUCCAACCAGAUGCUAUUUCUUGAACGACCGAAAGGAUUGAUGGAUCUUCCACAAAGGCAUAUCACGUAGGGUAUUUGUUACAUGCUACCGUAAACUAGGUUAAACGUUUCAAAUUUAGAAUUACAGGUAUGCUGAUCAUCAACUUUCAAAUAAUUUUAUAUUCGAUUUUAGAAAAAUAUACUUUUAAUUCUAUUACAAGUCCGGUUUUUUAUUGUAGCCCGGUUGGUAAUCUCUUGGCAGUGAAACAUUUUGUUCCUUUACCAACAAGCUUGCCAGUUGCCACCAACAUAAUAUAUUAUUCCCCAGCCAUCCAAAGAUGUGUAAUAUAAAGUUAUGCAUUUGUGCCAACUUACUAGUGAUAGAUAAUCUCUAUGCGGAAAUUGAGAAUAAUUUUAGGACAUUGUAAUAACUAUUUAUUUUUAAAAAUGUUGAAGUUGUUGAUUAAUUUUUAGUUUGUCAUGUGAUAAAUAGUAUAGUACCAAAAUCAUUUAGUUGAUAAUUUUUUAUUUCCUAUCUCUCUUCGUCCUUUCAUAUUCUUUAGCUUGUGAUCAUUUUACUGUAAGAAAUUAUUCUUUUCCUUUCUUCGAAAAACUCAUGUCAAUCAUAAACUAUCCUCAGAAUUCUCAUCGUUAGCAUCAUCAUCAUCAUCAUCAUCAUCAUCAUCAUCAUCAUUAACACUCAUCAGGAAUUUCAUCAACCACACUCUCAUAGCUAUAAUCUUUUUUUAUAUAAAUAUCAGUAUCAUCGUUGUCAUAAUCAUUACUGGCAGCUUUACAGCUGUAUUUAUUUUCAACACUUCCUCCUUCUUCUAUCUUAAUACUUUUGUCCGUAUUGAUUAAUUUAAUAUUUGUACUUUCGGCAUUAUCAACGUUUCUCAAGCUGUUAUCAAUUUUAAAAUAAUAGUUUCUAUGAUUUUUUGGUUGUUGCUUAAGUGUUUGAACACUUCAUCAUCCUCUCAUACCAUGAAACGUAUUGUUCAUCUCUGAUUAUAAUUGGGAUCGAUUUCAGCUCAGCUUGGUUGAUCACUUUAUUUAGCACCGAGCAGGUGGGAUUUAUCCCCUUUAAUUCCUGUGACAUCUGAAAUUUACAUGCAAAUUUUAAUAGGACGGUUCCAUGUACGAGUAUAUUAUCAACUUUAAUUUUUUAACACUGUAUUUUCCAUUUAUCAAUUGCAGUAAAAUCGCACAAAGAGUUUCUGUUUUUGCUAUGAUUAAUCGCAACAACAUUCAAGUUAUUAAUUUUUGUACAUCCAAUUUUUUAAGUUACUAGUUCACACCCAACUUUAUAAUUAGCUCCCUGUAUAUAUCCUGUUUAGCUUCAUGAUCUAAUAUAUCACUCACCUGAUACUUAGUGGUUUGGUGGUAGUAAUACAAUAUUACUUCCCGUUACAUCAUUGUGCUGAUAAGGUGUUUUGCAUCUUCAUCAGAAGCUGGGAAUAUUACUGUAGUAUAUUUAUACCUUUAUGUUUAACUUCAAAAUAGCAAUUUCAAAAUCUUUUAUCUUUAUGGAUCUGUCUCUUAAGCAGGUGAUUUCUUGAAGUUUUUUUUUUUAAACUGAGUUUUUUAUAUUGUGAGUGAAAAACAAUAUUUUUAAUGAGGAAGCAAUUAUUAUUUUAAUUUUUUAUUAAUAGAAAAAUGCUUGAUUUAAUUCAAUCAGUUGAGACGUUUUGCAGCAUUUGUAAAUCGAUUGAACUCAAAAAGUGUUAUAUACGAGCAUUUACUUUUGCUGCAUCUCAAAAAAAAACUUUCGGCAUUAAUGUUAUCUGAGCGAAUUAUUCUUUACUUUAACAUUAGUUGACUUUGUCAUUUGAAUUACCCAUUGCAUUCCAACUUCUAAAUAUCAAGCAAAGUUCAUGUCACAUAUUUCAUUAAGAGUACCAGUGCUUUAGAAAGUUGAAGACGCUCUCUUUAAAAUGUAAAUCAUUGUCUGAAUUUCUUAGGGAUGAUGAUGCAUGUAAACUCGUAAAAUUCAUCUCAUAUUAUUUUAUUUUUAUUUUAUCAACAAAGAAUCAGAUCAAGUCUUAUGAGCAAUAAAUAUCUGAAUUGAAAAAAUGUUAAAAUGUAUCAAUAAGUAUAGUCACAUUGCUACAAUACUUACAACAAUAAUAGUACCUGUUCAUUUGAACACUGCAUUGUCAAGGUGUAGAGUAAUUCUUAAAGUAUUAUACUGUUAUUUCAGUUACUAGAUCUUGUCGAAUUUAACGUUCUUUUAACUUGAUAGGCCUGCUAUAAUCAAAGUUAUACAAACAUAUUAAAUUUGCUAUGUGUCAUGAAUAGAAAUUUGUCAGUUACAAAUGCCAUAGCAAUUUUGUUAUUGUUAAGAACUUUUUCAUUACCUUUGAAAUAUUAGCAUCUGAAGGUAUUUCUAUGUAUUAGCUAUUAUAUUUUUAGUUCUAUGACUUAUCAAGUAUCAGCAGGAGACAUCUUGAAACAUAACGUUGAUCAUCUAUUUCUAAAGAAAAUGUAAUCUAUUUCUAUUAUUCAUUCUGUUUGGAUCUAUGUUAUGUAUUUUGUUCUUUGCCUACUUCAAGAUGGAUUAGCUUUCAUCACUCUAUAAACACUACACUGAAGGUAGUCUUUUAAUUAUUCAUUUUGAAGUUUCUUAUUUAUUCCCUCUGGAGAGUUACUUUAAUUCAUUAAAUUUCAAAUUAUUAAGUAAUAUCAUUGUCAUGAUUCCUCAAUUUCUUUUUUAGUAAGUUUCAAUUCUCCUACUGAAAUAUAUGAAAUUAAUUCCAUCAGUUUUAAUAAAAAGUUCUAGCUUUAAUUUAUAGAUAAGUUUUUUAAUAAACAAUCACGAUUGUUUAUUAAAAAUUAUAGUAUAUUGUCUAUUAUCUUUUUUUUAUUUAACUGUUUAAGAAUUAACUUAUGUAGUUACUGUCAGCUACCUCAGCCAGCUAGCCUUAACUACAGCCUACCUCAUUUCUAUUCUAGGACUAGAGGCCUAACUAUAUAUCAGUCAUUUCAAACAUUGCAAUAUGUUGCUAAUCUUGAACAUGAUUGAUUUCUCAAACUAUUAUUGAAUAAUACUCUACAUUAUACUGUACUAGAAAUAAUUUAUGUUGUAGCCUAUUUAAUAAAUUAUAUUCAUUCACUGCCGUUCGAUAUUAGCGAAAGUACUAUAUUUCGAAUACUUUAUAAAUCGAAACAUCAGUUCAUGUAUGAAGUUGAUCUGCUCUAUUUAAUUAUAACUACCAAUCAAUCAUUGAAUCCAAAACUGAGAAUAAAUUUAUGCUCCUAAUCAGUAAUUUUAUCUCUCAUUAAUUAGUGAUUUCAGCACUACUCAUUAUACUGUGUAUAUAAUCAAUCUUCUUCUUGCAAAUAAGUCUCACAUUCUACAGCUAACCUCAAAUUGGCCCAACUAGUGACAAAAAAAUUAAAAUGUCCACCUUUUGUCUGUAAUUCGUAAAAUACAUUUUUUCAUAAAAUUUUCAGUUUUUUGGACAUCUCUGUGAUAUUUGGUGAGAACUUGAAACUUUAUAAGGAAUGACUUCUUUGUCCAUUGGUUCAAUUCUCAUUCUACCUAAAAUUCGUUUUAUAACUAUAACCCAUUUAUCUUCUCAUAACCAAUUUUACUUAUCAUCAGUAAAACUUCUUCCAAUGACUCAGAUUU